AUGCCGGUAUCACCAUCUUUUGCAUCAAGCAUAGACUCAAUAAUGUCCCAUGAGACGAUGUCUUUACGAAGGAACCCUCCCUUUAUAGAUAAUCCAGAUAAAAUGCCAAAUCCAACUGCUUCGCCCAACGGCACCAUCCACCAUUUGAUAGAUCCAUCUCUGCCAUUAUUGUCCAGUACUACGUCGUCUUCACGUUCGACCCUCAGUUCUGCAUUGAACUCGCCUCCACCCCCACCAUUGACUACAUCAUACUCUUCUUAUAACUCAUCUGCAUGUCAGUCUAUUACGAGUUCGCCUACAGACAAUACGACCUUGGCACCUAAUUCCAAAUUUUACUUCGCUCAUAGUCUUUCCCCUACACCGCUGUCUUCCAACAGCUCGAGUCAUGUCAUUUUGCCACCCAUAUCCUCGUUCACCAACUUAAUCACCGUCGCAGAAAGAGAGUUCAAUGGCAGAUCAAACUCCUUACAUGCCAAUUUCACAUCACCCGUUCCAAGGACAGUACUGGAUCAUCACAGACAUGACCUCGCAUUUUGUAACCCCAACAAUACGACAGGCAUCAAGACAAUCACGCCCUCGCCACCAACUCAGCACCAGAAUAUAUUGCCAACUACAGUGGACAACGUACCGAGGUCAAAAUCAGUAUCCAGUCUACCAGUUGGUGGAUUCCCACCAUUGGUCGUCAAACAACAACAGCAACAGCAACUCAAUAGCAGUAGCGCCUCUGCCCUACCGUCUAUUCAUUCUCCAUUGAAUAACGAACAUACAAGCAAGUAUUCAUCGUCCCUAAAAGAUUCUGCCAAAAUAACGAAGCAAAGAAAGAAAAAGGAGUGUCCUAUUUGCCACAACUUCUACGCCAAUUUAUCUACUCAUAAAUCCACUCAUUUAACUCCUGAGGACAGACCGCAUAAGUGCCCCAUCUGCCAACGCGGCUUUGCCAGAAACAAUGAUCUGAUAAGGCACAAAAAGCGCCAUUGGAAGGAUGAAUUUAUGCAGAUAUAUGCAAGAGAGUCCGACAGCAAUAGCGGAGCUGACGAUGCAGAUGCCACCGCCCGCACCUCCGCAAACAGCGACGGUGACGACUCAAACGAUAAACUGACUGCUCCAUCCUCUUCCGAGGAAACAAAACUACUGAAAAAAAACCAAUUAAAAUCACUAUACAAGAUUAAAGGUGCAUUCAAAUGUCCUUACAAUUCUACUCUGAUCAAUUUGGACAUGGAGGUGUAUCCGCACAAGUCUAGAUCGCUCUAUUUUGAGCCAAUAAAUUGCCAUCAAACGGGCGUCUUUUCGCGCUGUGAUACUUUCAAGAAUCACCUGAAGGCUUUGCAUUUUGAGUACCCGCCCAAAACUAAAAAAGAAGAUAGAAGUAUUGUGCCGGGAAAGUGCAAGCAUUGUGGGCUGCAAUUUCCUAAUGUCGACGUCUGGCUAAACAAGCACGUAGGGAAAGGAUGUGGCUACGCAUACCAUUAA